GCGCAUUAACCGGCAUAAUGUCGUGAAGCAACGAUUGACGUCACCGUUCGAUCCGACGACCAAAUUUUUUUUUUUGCUGAUUGACAGAUACCGGGAAAUUCUUGGAUGCAAAGAUGUGGUGGUACUCACUACCCCACAGUGUUUAUCAUCUCAUCAGAUGGUUCCCUAAAAGCAACAGACUGAAGAUCCGUAUAGUGAUCUUUCUGUUUGCGUUUGCCUUGCUGAUUCCACAGUUCUUUGUGCUAACCACAGAACGCUCUUCGAGGUACUGUGGCCAGCAUCUUUUUGAUAUGCUGAUUGUGUCCAUCGUGUUCUCAUUCUGUAUGACAGGUUUUGUGGUGCUAUUCUCCAUAAUGGACCCUGUCCCGUUCGAGGUGAAGCUGAUUUUCCACAUCUUUGGAGGCUUGUCCUUCCUGGUUGGACUCGUACUCACAAUCUUCACGUCAUUGGCUGUUGAAUGUAGAACAAACACAGUUGAGCUCUAUUACUUCUCGUUAGCUUCAGCUAUUUUGAGCAUGAUUACAGCAGUGUUUGUGAUUCUAAUGCUACCCUUCUGGAUUAUCAACUAUUUUUAUCCUGGAUCUGUGCUGAAUCGCAAACAACGAACUGGGAUCUGCUAUGAACCAGCCAACUGCUGCUCAUGUGUCUGGCAUAUCUAACUUCACUGAGGAACAGCAACUUCUUUGUUCACAUGACGGCAGAUAUUCAUGAUGUCACGCUAUUCAACAAGUUUGUCUGCACACAUGACGAGUAAAUUGUCAUGAUUGUCACUACACAAAUCAUUGUAGACUGUGCAUUCAGACCCUUUUAAUAGCUUGAAUGAAGGGUUUGCACAGCAGACUAGAUGACACCCCCCCCAGAACAAUAGAUUCGCCAGUUAAAUCUACGCCAGGGAAUACAAGUUUACCAAUUGAUUAUCUAUGGCUGAUUUCUACGAUCGAUUGCAUUAAUGUCAGCUGCAUAAUCGCUAACUGCACUUUGUGUUACAGGACCAAAUUAAAGGGGGAAGGCUAAUGGAGUGUUGCUAGACAAUUGCAAUCAAUGACAAAUCUUUUUGACAUUCCUAGAUCAUUUAUAUGACUUGCAAUUAAUUGCAAAUUGGCCCCAUCUUACAAAGAGUUACGAUUGAUCCGAUCAAUCUCAAGUAUAUUGAAAUCCAUCAAUGUCAUAAUGUUUUCUUUAGAAAAUUUGCUCAAUAUCCUUUGAAAACAAGAGAAGCAUACUAAAUUGUCAAGAAAACAGUGAAUAUAUGAAUAUACAUCACAUCUAGAAAAUAUUUUGAACAAACAUGUAUUUUAGAUGUUGAUGUUGCUAGCUUUCUAUAGUUGCGAUUGAUUGGAUCAAUCUUAAUUCUUUGUAAGAUGGGGCCCUGAUCUGCUCUUUACAGUGUAAACUAACUUUCCUACAGCUAAGACUGAUCUAUUAGUUGUAAAAUUGCAACAGAAAUUUGCAUUUGAUUGCAAAUAUUUACUUGCACACCACCUGAGUGAUAUUUUGGAAAGGAUAUUUAUCAUGUUGGUCAAUAAAUUUCCAAACAUUUACUUUUGCCUUGAUUAAGUGUCUUUCAGAAGAAGCUUACCAAAUACAAGAAAAUUUGUGACUGGAAAAAGAACUUUUUAUACGCCCGUCUCGAUGGGACGUAUUAUGGUAUUACGCUCGGUGUCCGUCCGUCCGUUAACUUUUCCUUUUAAACGUGAUAACUUCAGUUUAACUUAACCUAGGCUCAUAUAAUUUGGUGUGUAUGAUACUAGCAUGGAUCCCAGGAAGCCUAUUGAUUUUGAGGUCAAAAGGUCAAGGUCACAGUGAUAUAUUUUCAUCGUACACUUCUGAAGUCUUUGUAAAUGCGAUAACUUCAGUUUAACUAAACCUAGGCUCAUAUAAUUUUGUGUGUAUGAUACUAGCAUAGAUCCCAGGAAGCCUAUUGAUUUUGAGGUCAAAAGGUCAAGGUUACAGUGACAUGUUUUCAUCUUACCCUUUUGAAGUCUUUGUAAAUGCGAAAACUUCAGUUUAACUUAACCUAGGCUCAUAUAAUUUGGUGUGUAUGAUACUAGCAUGGAUCCCAGGAAGCCUAUUGAUUUUGAGGUCAAAGUUCAAGAUCACAGUGACAUGUUUUCAUCUUACCCUUUUGAAGUCCUUGUAAACAUGAUAACUUCAGUUUAAUUUAACCUUGGCUCAUAUAAUUUGGUGUGUAUGAUACUAGCAUGCAUCCCAGGAAGCCUAUUGAUUUUGAUAUUAAGGUGAAGUCGCCACCUUCCACUUUUCUUGCUUGACCAAUAUCUCAAUUUUUCGCUUUACAGGCGGGCGUAUUAUGUGCUCGCCUUAGCGACACUCUUGUUAGCAUCAUGUUGUUGCUAAUGUAAGAUCGAUAUACCUUGAUGACACAAAUAUUCAAUGUGCUGUAAGGUACAUGUAUGUCUCAGUUAUAAAUUGUGUAUAUCAUAUCUGAAUGAAUUGAGCAACUCACCUUGAUUUAGAAUAUUUUUUUUUACUUAGAUUACACUCAAACCAGCUGAUGCACGUGGAUGAAGGAAUAUUCAUAGAUUUUUCUCAUACAUUGAACAUAAAUUUUCACUUGUUUAUUUGAAAAAUUGCUAUAGUCUGUUGGUCUAAUUUUCAGGGAAGUGUUUCACAUAGAUUUAAGUAUGUCUUAGAGUCGCACUUAAACGCCUAGUUGCAUACGUUAUGAAAGGCAUGACUGCAUUAGUCAGAUCAUGCCAAGAGGACGCGCACUACUGUGUAUUAAUCAAUAAGAUAGCAUGGCGCACGCGUCGGCAUUCAAGCGUGACUCUAGCCUAAAUCAUACUUUGUGAAACACCCCCCAGAUGAUGUAUUACUCCUACGUGUAAUGUUGCAAUCAUUCCAUCCAUCACUUAAGCACUUGGUUUAAUCACCAUCUGACUUCAACUUAUAAGCUAAAAUUCAGUUGUGACAGUCCGCUUCGAGACGUACAAUAAUUUGGCCAAAAUGAAUUUUGAGUUGUUUUUUUUAGUUUGAAUAUAUGCAGAUCAAAGCCUUGAAAUGAUAUAUAAAUUGAUGAACAAUAACCCACUCUAGUGAUGCGAUCUAGAAGAAUUUUGCAGGCAGGAAAAAGGGUUUCAAUAACCCAGCAAAACUCUUUUUUUCUUGCAUUUGGGUAAACUUUAUGACAAUUAUAUUUCGGAUAAACUAUAAUGACUAUUUUGGUCUACAACUGACUCAGAGAUCCUUGCCUGGCAAGUUAUUGUUAGUUUUGAAGCAGAUGCUCAAAUUUUUAUUCCGUUACAUAUUGCAGUGAUGAUAACAAUUCAUAGUAAUACUAAAAGAGAGUAUCAGUAUGUGAUUGAUAAAAAAGAAAUAAUUCAUUUUUUCAUUCUUUUUUUUUAUAUCCAUCUGUUUGGAAGUUCUUAGUGGUGACAUUUCAAGUUAGUAUUAGAUGAAAUGUGCAUAGGCUAAUAUAUAAAACAAAACAUUACACAUUAGAAAAUCAGAGGAAUGGCAAUUACACCAAUUGUAGGUAAAGUAGGUUUAUACCAAGCGGCAAUGGAGGCCAUCGCUGAUCUUUGGAAUUUCAACCAAAAUCUAAAGUCAGAUGGACCAGCUUUCAUGGGGAGUGGCUUAUUAUUUGCUGACUCCAGACAUUUGUGAUAAGCAUUGGAAAUGCCUGUAACAGAGACAUCUUUGGGGGAAAGCAAACUUGAUGUACCAUGGAGAGAUUCUUCAGCAUAGCAUGUUUAUAUUAGCCUCGGCAACUGUCGGGCCAGGGGAAAAAGUGAGAAAAUAGGUUUUUUACCAUUAGGUAAUUUCCACGGGCAUAACAGAAUGUCUAGUGUCAAAUUACCCUUGAAUGAUGUCAAAUUACUGAUGAAAGCACACAAUAAACAGCCUUUAAAUGGAUUUUUCAGAAGAUUUUCAAAGCUAAUACUUCAUAAAGAGACAUUAAUAUAUUUCUUUAAUUAUUUAUAUUUCAUGUUUACAAUAGAUAUGAUUCAUCUUUCAAUAUUCAGAGGCCCUUAUUCUGAAGUCAGGUUAGGUCUGUAUUAAAAUUAUGGGAAGCCAAAAAUUUAAAAAAUCUGUUUAUAUUAUAUAUUUCCUAUAUUUACUAUUUUGUUUGCUUUUGCUUUCAUAAUGAAACAAAAAAAUUCAAAAUACUUCAGUUAUCAUUCCCAGACAAUUAUGAACAAAUUGAGUGUCAAAUAAGUUAAUAAAUUGGAUGUGUACUGUUAAGGAAUUGUGCCCCAGAUGGCUAUCCAUAGUUAAACCACAACUUUAAACCAGGGUUUAAUUUAGAAUACAGGCCAUUGAGUCUACAAUUUAUGUUGUGCACAUUGUUCCACCUUUAUUUCAAGCUCGUGCAGAUUUAAUCUUUAAACAAUCAUGUACAUUGGAGAUGUAGAGGUAUAUUAUGAAAUUCUUCUUCAUAACAUGGUCUUAAUUUUGAUGAUGGAUUCAAUAUUUUACCACAUUUUUCAUGAUUUUGCAAUGUAUAUAUUGGCAAAUGAAAAAUAGAACAAAUGUAAUAUAUGUGUAUUUUUUAAUUAUUUUCUAAUUGAUCUUUUGUACAAAGUGUUAAUUAAUUUAUUGAUUUAUUGUUCUAAUUGUUUCAACAAUUCAAGAUACUGGUAGAACUGUAAGUGUUCAUGAAAUGUGUAUGUAUUCCCUUAAACAUGAAUAGAUUAUAUAUU